AUGUCGGCCAAAGAUGUCCGGACUCACAUUAUGCUCGAUCUUGAGAUAGCUGCACACCCUCUGAAGCACAAUCCUGCUAUCAUUCAAAUCGGGGCUAUUCAUUUUGACAUCGAAACCGGUGCCCACUUGAACAAAGUGCUACUCGACGUUGCUUUCACACGGUUCACUACCUGGCUCUCCAGUUGCCACAAAUCUACCAGAGCCGACAUCAACGCCAAGCACCCAGCAGCAAAAUACGACCCGACCGACCUUCAAAUAAUGAUAUGGGCAUACGGCAGCACACAGGAUUGCCGGUGGAUGGAAAGUGCCUACAAAGCAUGUGAUUUAAAAAAACCGUGGAUGUACUAUAAUGACCUCUGUGUCCGGACCUACUGCGAGAUGGCUUUCUCUAUUACGGGGAGAAACAUCCGACGUGAGGUGGACAAGUCCUUCGUGGGCAAAAAGCACAAUGCCAUUGAUGACUGCAAACACCAAAUCAUCUACCUGAUCAGGUGCCGCGACGCACUUCGAGGAACGCAAGCCUCUGCUAAUACUCUGGCUGCUACCAAGCCAGUACCAGAGCCCUCAAGGAAGCGGCCCAUGAUCGCUUUAGAUGACAACCGUUCCAGAAUGGGUUCAGACUAG